UUUCAAGUUUCUCAACAAUAAAAUAAGGGAUUAUCCAAAUAAAAAGGAACAACCCGAGGAUGCUUCUUCGAGUUUUCUUCAGUGGGUUAUGAAUUCGGAUAUAAGGGAGAAACACCAAACCCAUCAGCAUCAGCUCGUCGUUUUAAGAAGCAUCGGAUUAUGGCAGAUUUGAAGAAUCUCAGUUUGAGUGGGGGAGGUGGCUCGAGAUAUAAUGGCGACGAGCAGGUACAAUUUAUUGCCGGUGGAAGUCAUCAAGUGACAAUCAGAUCACCACCGCCAUCUUUACAUUUGGAAAACCUCAAUAAUGCGGUCCUGGGAGGCUCACAGAACAAUCUUCAGUGCAGUUGCAACGGUGUCACGUCAAACGGGUCCGCAGGCACAGCUUGUACGGGAGGAGUGCUUGCAAGGAAAGUUCCAAAUCAUAGCGGCGCCAGUCCUGGGCAAGGAAACAAAAGGCCGGCUGUUUCACUGACGCAUCUACCAAAAAGGCCACCGGUCGACAUCGAGUUUAAAAAUCUCGCCUACAGCGUUUCCGAGGGCAGAAAACGAGGUUACAAGACGAUCUUAAAAUGUGUAAACGGAAAAUUCAGAUCCGGCGAAUUGACGGCCAUAAUGGGUCCUUCGGGUGCCGGAAAGAGUACUCUGAUGAACGUUUUGGCUGGUUACAAAACAUCUCAUCUGAGCGGCUCGGUAUUAAUAAAUGGAAAGGAUAGAAAUCUUCGAAGAUUUCGAAAGAUGUCCUGUUAUAUUAUGCAAGAUGAUCGAUUGCUUCCACAUUUGACUGUUCACGAGGCCAUGACAGUGUCUGCGAAUUUAAAAUUAGGCAAAGACAUUAGUGCAACAGCAAAAAAAGUUGUGAUCGAAGAAAUUAUCGAGACUCUUGGAUUAAGCGACGCCAGCAAUACUCAAACUCAUAACCUUAGUGGCGGACAAAGAAAGAGACUGUCAAUUGCUUUGGAGCUCGUCAAUAACCCUCCGGUUAUGUUCUUUGAUGAGCCCACUUCUGGCUUAGACAGCUCCUCCUGUUUCCAAUGUUUGAAUCUACUCAAAUCCUUGAGUCGAGGAGGAAGAACUAUCAUAUGCACGAUACAUCAGCCUAGUGCAAGGCUAUUCGAGAUGUUCGAUCAUUUGUAUUUACUAGCCGAAGGGCAAUGUAUAUAUCAAGGCAAUGUAGGCGGUCUCGUACCAUUUUUAUCAUCGAUGGGUCUCGAUUGUCCGAGUUAUCACAAUCCUGCAGAUUACGUUAUGGAAGUUGCAUGCGGGGAACACGGUGAGUGCGUUCACAAAUUGGUAAUGGCUGUGAAUAAUGGAAAAUGCAACAAUUAUCAACAUCAUCAAGCUGCGAUAGCGGCAAGUCAAACGGUUUCGAAUGAUAUUGCUAAGCAAUCACCUACUCAAGAACAAACCAAACCAGAAGCUGGUAGCUUGAUACCAAAUGGUGUUGCAAAACCAGCUGCCGAUGGUACGGUCAUCAAUAUGCCAAUUUCUUGCACGACUUCUUUGCUCGACAGUGCCGAAAGUAUAGAGCAAAAAGUUGGCUUCCCGACCAAUGGAUGGGUGCAGUUUUGGAUUCUCCUUAAGAGAACCUUCCUUUCGCAGUUAAGAGACAUGACAUUAACGAGAACAAGGCUGAUUUCUCACAUAAUCGUUGGUUUUCUCAUCGGUGCUAUUUAUUAUGACAUCGGUAACGAGGCCUCGAAAGUUAUGAGUAAUGCAGGAUGCGUCUUUUUCACGGUGAUGUUUCUUAUGUUCACUGCUAUGAUGCCUACCAUACUCACAUUUCCCACAGAGAUGGCAGUGUUCGUGAGAGAACAUUUAAAUUAUUGGUACUCAUUAAAAGCUUUCUACUUUGCUAGAACUCUAGCCGACUUGCCCUUUCAGAUAAUCUAUUCCAUAGCUUAUGUUAUGAUAGUCUACUUUAUGACUUCGCAACCAUUGGAGACUGAAAGGUUUCUCAUGUAUCUAAAUAUAUGCGUAUUAACAUCAUUGGUAUCACAAUCCAUCGGUUUGUUAAUAGGUGCUGCAAUGAGCGUCGAGAGUGGGGUUUUUAUCGGUCCGGUAUCAUCGGUUCCGAUCGUCCUAUUCUCCGGUUUCUUCGUUAACUUUAACGCGAUACCAUCAUAUCUAAGGUUCCUUUCUUAUGUGAGUUACGUCAGAUAUGGCUUCGAAGGUGCCAUGAUAUCAGUUUAUGGUUACAAUCGUGCUACUAAAGUGUUCCGAUGCAUACUGCCAUUUCAAGAGCCCGACAAAAUUUCUAGAGGAGAUGUCGAUGGAGAACACCGUUUAUUGGGUAGACGUUGUAGCCCUUGUUGGCUUUUUACUCGGUCUAAGAGUCGUCGCCUAUUUCGUCUUAAGGCUGAAACUUCGAUCUCUUCGUUGAAAUCGAUUAGACGACGUCGAUGCUCCGAUGGCAGACAAUAACAUGAAAGAACAAAGAAAAUAAAAAGAGAAAGAGAGAAAGAGAAACGAAAGCACGAACAUAUUCAAAGGGAUGAUUCUUCGUGGCCCAAGAAAACUUUGCCUGACUUUUUUCAGAAAGAGAAAAGAAAAAGAAAAAGUAAAAAAAAAGAAAACAAAACAAAUACAAAAAAAAACAAAAAACAAGAGAGAAGAGAAAAAGAAGUAAGCUCCUUCGACGUCGUUUUUACUUCCACGGAGAAGAGCUUCGAUCGAGACUGGAACGGAUUUUCCAAUGCCAGACACUUUUUUGACAUAAGCUAUCCAAUGAUAUUGUCAUUAGCAUUUUUAUAAUAAGAGAAAGAGAUCUCCCACAAUGUUUCUGACGUUGGAAAAUGAAUUAUGGAAGUAAGCGAUAAAAAAAAAAGAGAGAGAGAGAGAGAGAGAGAGAGAGAGAGAGAGAGAGAGAGAAAACAAAAAAAGGAAACCACCGUUCGCGCUCUAUUAAUAUGACAUACAUGUACACACAUACUGUGUUGUUUCCUUGUGCUUUUGAUAUUAAUCCGACUUUUAUAAUUUGACUUUCUAGAAAUCGGUAAAAUUGUACAUGUAACAGACUCUUAUUAUACACACUUAUUGAAUACACUGACAUAAAAAUACAGACAGAUAGAUAGACGGACAGACAGACAGACAGACGGACAGACAGAUAGAUAGACAGACAGAGAAGAAGAAUAGAAGGAAAUCAUAGUUUCGACUAUUAGCGAAAUUUAGCAGCUGUAGAGUUCAUAGGCAAGACAAUUAAAGUACGAAGCCUAAUUAAGAUUUCAUCGAAUUAUUAUGGAACUAUCAGAGAAGGAGAGAAAGAGAAAGAAAAAGAGAGAGGGGGAGAAAGGAGGAGAAAGAAAAAAAAAGAGAGAGAGAGAGAGAGAGAGAAAGAGAGAAAGAAAGAGAAAAAGCCGAUUAUUACUACCAAUAAAAUAUAACCGAAGAGAACAAGAAGACGAAUCAUAAAUUGCGCGUAGAAUUUACUUAGAUAUUUCUAUAAAGAAUGAUUGUAGAAAGUGCGCAUUAGUUAGGCUAUUUUAAUGAAUCCCGUAAUAUAAUUAUAUCCAAAAAAACAUGCGGACUUGCAAUAUAUUCCAAAAAAAAAAAAAGAAAAAAAAAAAAAAAGAAAAAAGAAAAAAUCGGCCAGCGUUCGAUCGAAGAGUCAAGAAAGUGAGAGAAAGACAAUGUUCAUAGCCAAUUACUACUAACUCGCCAGGAGCCUUAGGCCCAUUUAAGACUCGUUUCCCUCCAACGAUCGCGCGUCUAUCGUAAUUAAAUAAACGAGACGAAGGAAUGUUUAGAUCGUUUCGUUAAUUAAGUAGAUUAUAUGUAGUUGCAUAUAUAUAUAUAUAUAUAUAUAUAUAUAUAUAUAUACAUAUAUAUAUAUUUAACGGAUCAAAACUUAGAAAAGAAAACGAGUCUUUUAUUAUUCUCAUAUUUACGCGACGACGUCGUGUGUCUCUAAAGGUGUAGCGAAUAAUUACGAAUGGAUUAAUUAAGUACGUAUAUACCUAAUUGAAAAAUGUAUAAAGAUGAAGAAAAAGAAGAAAAAGAUGAAGAAAAGGUAAAUAAUGAUGAUGAUGAUGAUGAUGAUGAUGAUGAUGAUGAAGAAGAAGAAGAAGAAGGAAAAGUUGGAAUGAUAAAUUAUAAAGAAAGAAAGAAAGAAAAAAAAAAAUAAAGAAACGUAAAGAGUUAAAAGAUCUACACGUAAGGAGACUCCGACGACGCAUUUAUAUUCGGCACAAUUUCAUAUACAUACCAUAUGUAUAAAAACGUCCGUAAGGAUGUAUUCUCUCGAUUCAUAUCGUGUAAUUUCAUUAAGAAAAUAAUACAAAAAAAAAUGCAUUAUAUGUACAUACAUAUAUAAUGCAUACAUAAAUGUACACGUAAGUACAUACAUCUUUACACACACUACACACACACACACACACAUACAUACAGACACGCGAGUUUACUUAAAUAUUUGUAAUACGCAAGGAAAGUCGAAUAUAAAUUGGAACGUGCUGUUUAUUGUAAGAAGAUCGAAAAAAAAAAGAAACCAAGAAAAAGCAAAAAAAAAAAAAAAGAAAAGAAAAGAAAAGAAA